UAUUGAGAAGAGCAGUGUUGAGAUUUGGCGCAAGCAAUUUUAAAUUAUUUAAAAAAAAAAAAUCUCAAAUGACACUCACAAACGAAAGGAAAAAGCAAAUAUGCGUUACCAUAAUUGCUGUUUUCUUAGUUAUUUUUGCAAGUGUUUUGUAUCGCUACUUAAAAUACCAGCCCCACCAGGUGCCUAAGAUCAGAAUCACGACGACUACAACCACAGUUAAACCUCAAAUAAUAAAAUAUUUUGAACCUAAAUAUGAGGAUGGAUUUAUUGAGUUUUUGCCUGAUCCUCCAUCUAAAAAGGUGGUGACUAAAACUGAAGCCUCACAAAAUACAACAAGAGCUGUUCCAAAACCUGGUUUAGACCCUAGCGAAGGUUGUUUGCAUUGUCUUUGUCAAACUAUUAAUGGCUGCCAACCUGUGAAGUGUAUGAAGAAUUACACCUGUGGAAUUUAUGAAAUUUCCAAAUUUUAUUGGAUUGAUGGUGGUAGACUGACCGUAAAUGAAGAAAACUCUCCUAAAUAUGCAGACGAAAAAGGAGAAGUUGGAGAUUACCUACGAUGUGUCAACAAUGAAGAGUGUGCCCGAUAUACGGUCAUAAAGUACAUGCAGCUUUACCAAAGGGAUUGUAACAAUGAUGGCAUCAUCGAUUGCCGCGAUUAUAUACCACUGCAUUUGUUGGGCCCAAAAGGAUGCCGGAGCAAACCGCUAGCUGUCUAUCAUAAAAUGCGCAUGAAAUCAUGUUUGCUGCAGUAAGGCAAGGCAAUCAGCAAAAAAAGAAUUUGGAAUGGUAAUUUUGCAUAUGAUUUCCACCAAUGCGAUAAUAAUUAAGUCAUUAACAGAGCUAACAUGAUUGUUUUGUUCAAUUAUUUUUCUAUGGAAGAGAAACAAAUGGUAAUCGAAUAAAUCAUGUGAAUUAAUACAAAUGGUA